AUGCCCGACCAACCGCCGCCACAACAUCUUAAGGAAUUCUACCAAGGCCAAACAACACCCGAGGAAGCAAACGACGAGAAAAAUCUGCACGAGCAAAACCCAAAGGAAGGGCAGGGGCUACAAACCGGACAAAAAACACCAGAAGGGCAGAAAAAGAUACCGAAAUGGGUCGAAAUUGAAGAAAGCGUGCACAGCUCAGGUGCCGACUCACUGAAGAAAAAGAAUCUAGAGCAAGAAAUUACUGAAAGGGUAAGGAGCGAAAUAGAUAAAUUCAGAAUGAAAGAGCCGAGAAACACGAGUUUUUUAAACAUCGGAAACCCACUUUCAGCCGAGAUACGAGAUGAGCCCUUCCCGUUAAACUAUAAAACACCACAGUUGGACGACUACAAUGGCACAGGGGACCCGAUCACACACUUGAGCUGUUUUCAAGUGGUCAUGAUGGUACAAAGCUUGUCCGAAGCCGCCGUCUGCAAACUCUUCCCAACAACCCUAAAAGGAUCGGCAGCCAUCUGGUACCAAAGCCUGAAAGAAGGCUCUAUUCGAAGCUUCGACGAGCUAGCAAGAGCGUUUCGAACUCAUUUCGCACCGAGCAUACAACAGAAGAAGAAAUCCAGUGAUCUCAAACUUUGCUACCAGAAACCCGGAAAAAGUCUACAAAGUUACAUCGGCAGAUUCAAUGCCGAAGCUGUCGAGGUAGAAAACUUGAAUGAUGAUACCGUAAUAGAUGCAAUGAAAGAUAACACAAGAAUGAUGGCAUUUCGAGACAACCUGAUAACAAAUUCGGUGCAAACCUACUCUCAGCUCAUGGACCGAGCUUGGAAUUACAUCAAUCUGGAUGAAGAACAACGAAGAAAAGCUACACAAACAACAGCACAGUUCCAAACACCGAGAAUAACUUUCAAUCCACCUGCCAGGAAUGACCGAUUCAGGCCAAAAGAGCAACGGCAGUUUGCCCUACCACGAAUGGAACCACACCGACCAGUGAAAGUAGAAGACCAAGCUUUCAUCCCGCUUAAUACACCAAGAUCACACAUUUUAAUGUGGAUUCAAAACAACAAUGAACCAGUAAGAUACCCACCAAAGCUGCAGUAUGAGGGGGAAAGAAAGAAAUACUGUCAAUUCCAUGAUGGUCAUGGCCACGUCACUGACGAAUGUGGGAGCCUAAAGAAAGAAAUCGACCGCUUGGUAAAAGUCGGUCAUUUAAAAGACUUUGUAGCACAAAAUAAAAAUUACAACUAA